AUGAAGCUUGUUGUCGAAGAGGCGGACGAGGUAACAAAUGAUGUUGGGGAGCUUAGCGGACUUCCAGAUGAGUUGGCGGAUGAGGUAGAAGAGCUAGCGGUCUGUAGAGAGGAGGUAGAGGAGCUUCCCGCCGAGCUUUCUGAGGAGCUGACGGAUGAUGUGGAAGCGCUUGCAGUUGAAACGCCAGAUGAGGUCGCGGGUUGUGCGGAUGAGCUUGUAGUUGAGAUCCCGGAAGAUGUGCCAGUAGAUGAUGUGGAAGCACUUGCAGUCGAAGCAUCGGACGAGCUCACUGAUUGUGUGGAGGAGCUCCCAGUUGAAGUUCCUGAAGAUGCGCUGGCAGGUGACGUGGAGGAGCUCGUUGAUGCGGAUCCGAAGGAGCUGCCAGUACUUGAGCUGGACGAGCUGGCAGCUGGAGAGGUCGACGAGCUAACGGUUACGCUUCCGCUGCUGCUUGCCACCGUGGUAGACGUGGAUUCAGUGAUGACGGUAGUGCUGCUGGUGCCGGUGCUUGUAGGAGAAGCUGUUGAUGUAGAUCCACCAGUUUCGCUAGUCGACGUCGUAGACGAGCCUACGGCGGACGAGGAACUACUUGAAGUCGAUCCUGUAGUAGGUGAACUAGUUGGCUGGGUGCUUGCAGUAGAUGACGUUGUCGUGACAACCCCAGAACUGGUUGCCUCGGUUCCAGUUGAUGAGCUUGUAGAAGAUGAGAUUAAGGAGUUGGGAAGCAGGCUCGUGGUGGAGGUUGAAAUUCCGGGAGAGGAGGACGACUGGCUCGUGGGUGUCGAGAUGGUGGAAUCAGAAGGCCCGCUGGUAGACUCAGAGGUCCCCAAAGAAGAGGAUGACUGGGUCGCGGAUGUUGUGACAGAAUCCGGAAACACGGUGGUAAGCGUGGAGGUCCCCGACGAAGAUGUUAGGGUUGUGAGUGUUGUGAAGGAGUUGGGGAAUACACUGGUUGUCGUGGAAGUUCCCGAGGAAGAGGGCGUUAUGAAGGUAGAGUCAGGCACCAAGCUACUAGGCGUUGAGGCUUCUGAAGAUGAUGAUACCUGCGUUGUGGUUGUGGAUGAUAUGAGAGAGUUAGGCAGCGCGCUGGUGGAUGUGGAGAUGUCUGAUGAGGUGGAUGUCAGGCUUGAUGUUGAGACGGACAAUGCACUGCUAGACGUUGAGGCUUCCGAAGACAAUGAUGUCUGCGAUGUGGUUGUGGAUGAUAUGAUGGAGUUAGGCAGCGCGCUAGUGGAUGUGGAGAUGUCUGACGAGGAGGAUGUCAGGAUAGUGGAAUCGGACAACACACUGCUGGAUGUAGAGGCUUCUGAAGAUGAUGAUGCCUGUGUUGUGCUUGUGGAUGAUAUGAUGGAAUUAGGAAGCGCGCUAGUGGAUGUGGAUGUGUCUGAUGAGGUGGAUGUCAAGAUAGUUGAGUCGGACAACACACGGCUAGACGUCGAGGCUUCCGAAGAUGAUAAUGUCUGCGUUGUGGUUGUGGGUGAUGUGAUGGAAUUUGGAAGCGCGCUGGUGGAUGUGGAUAUCUCGGAUGAAGAGGUUGUGAGGAUUGUAGAAGUAAAGGUAGUCAAAUCGGUCGAUGCGCUGCCAGAAGUAGAGAUUCCCGAGGAGGAGGAUGUCUGUGUUGAGGUUGUGAGCGUGGUGACGGAGUUAGGCAAGACACUAGUAGACGUAAAGACGUCUGAAGACACGGAUGACUGGGUCGAUGAAGUCGAAACAGUAGAUUCAGACAAACUGCCACCAGACGUCGUGGUUCCUGAAGAUGAAGAUGUCUCUGUUGUAGUCGUGAGUGUUGUGAUGGAGUUGGGAAACACACUGGUAGACGUAGAGGCUUCUGAAGACGGAGAUGACUGGGCCGUGGAUGUUGUGAUUGAGCUCGGGAACACGCUAGUGGACGUUGAGGCUCCCGAAGAGGAGGAUGCCAGGCUCGUUGAUGUCGAGAUGAGGGAGUUGGGAAGACCGCUUGUGGAAGUGGCAGUUCCGGAAGAUGACGAUGACUGGAUCGUGGAUGUUGUGAUAGGGUCUGGGGACACGCUAGUGGAUGUUGAAAAUUCCGAGGAGGAGGACGUCUGGCUUGAUGUUGAGACAAGGGAAUUAGGAAGCCCGCUGGUGGAUGAUGAGACAUCUGAGGCGGAGGAGGAGGAUGUCAGGCUUGUGGAUGUGGAAAUGAGAGAAUUAGGAAGCCCACUAGUGGACGUUGAUGAGACAUCUGAAGAGGAAGACGUCAGGCUUGAUGUCGAGAUGAGUGAAUUGGGAAGCCCACUGGUGGAAGUUGAUGAGUCCGAGGAUAAUAGGCUUGUGGAUGUUGAGAUGAGAGAGUUAGGAAGCCCACUAGUGGACGUUGAUGAGACAUCUGAAGAGGGGGAUGUCAGGCUUGAUGUUGAGACAAGAGAAUUAGGAAGCCCACUGGUGGUCGUUGAUGAGUCUGAAGAGGAUGUCAGGCUGGAUGUUGAGAUGAGUGAAUUAGGAAGCCCGCUGGUGGACGUUGACGAGACACCUGAAGAGGAGGACGUCAGGCUUGAUGUUGAGAUGAGCGAAUUAGGAAGCCCGCUGGUGGAUGAUGAGACAUCCAAAGAAGACGUCAGAGUCGUGGAAGAGUCCGAAGAUCCACUGAUGGAGGUUGACGUCCCUGAUGAAAACGAUGUCUGGCUUGUUGAUGUGGAGAUGAGAGAGUUGGGGAGUCCACUGGUGGUCGUUGGGGCUUCUGAAGAGGUAAGGGAGCUGGAAAGUCCGCUUGUGGACGUCGAGACAUCCAAAGAGGACGUCGGGCUCGUGGUUGUCGAGAUGAGAGAGUUAGGCAGCCCACUGGUGGACGUUGAGGCUUCUAAAGAGGACGUUAGAGCCGUGGAAGUCAAGAUGACAGAGUCCGAAGAUCCGCUGGUGGAUGAUGAGACAUCCGAGGGGGAGGACGUCAGGCUUGUUGAUGUAGAAAUAAGAGAGUUAGGAAGUCCACUUGUAGUUGUUGAGGCUUCUGAAGAGGUAGGGGGGCUGGGAAGUCCGCUGGUAGACGUCGAGACAUCCAAAGAGGACGUCAGGCUUGUGGAUGUCGAGAUGAGAGAGUUAGGAAGCCCACUUGUAGUUGUUAAGGCUUCUGAAGAGGUAGGGGGGCUGGGAAGUCCGCUGGUAGACGUCGAGACAUCCAAAGAGGAUGUCAGGCUUGUUGAUGUAGAAAUAAGAGAGUUAGGAAGUCCACUUGUAGUUGUUGAAGCUUCUGAAGAGGUAGAGGGGCUGGGAAGUCCGCUGGUAGACGUCGAGACAUCCAAAGAGGAUGUCAGGCUUGUUGAUGUUGAGAUAAGGGAGUUAGGAAAGUCCGAGGAUCCACUGAUGAAGGUUGACGUUUCUGAGGAAAGGGACGCCUGGCUUGUGGACGUGGAGAUGAGAGAGUUAGGAAGCCCGCUGGUGGACGUUGACACAUCUGAAGAGGAGGACGUCAGGCUUGUUGUAGUUGAGAUAAGGGAGUUGGGAAGCCCGCUGGUGGAUGUUAAGACAUCCAAAGAGGACGUCAGGCUUGUUGUUGUCGAGAUAAGGGAGUUAGGGAGUCCACUAGUAGACGUCGCAAUUUCGGCAGACGAUGAUGACUGGUCUGUAGACGUCAAGGUGAGUGAGUCGGGAGAUGCGCUAGAGGAUGUUGUGACUUGGGACGAAAACGUCGUCUGGAACGAGGACGUCUCGGAUGUUGAUGUCGAGAUGAGGGAGUUGGGAAGCAGGCUCGUAGACGUAGAAACUUCUGAAGAGGGGGAUAUCUGGAGAGUGGACGUCUCGGACGUCGAUGUCGAGAUAAGGGAGUUGGGAAGCGCGCUGGUAGAUGAUGAGACUUCUGAAGAGAGGGGUGUCUGGAUUGUGGAUGUCUGA